UUCAUAAGACUAUUAAGAUAGCUGCACCCUUGUGGUUAAUGGGAAAUGGUUUUGACAGGGAAAGGACUUUAAGAGUGAUGCUUACACAGAUGAUACAAAGCGUUUUUAAAAGGAUCUUUUGAUAGUGUCGUUAAGAUAAUGGCUCGGGUUGUGAAAGUGUUUGUGACUCUGCGGAAUCAUUGGAAGAAGUCCACAGUCGCUGCGUGUGCCCUGUCAUACGGUGGACACUGGCUAUAUGGUAAACACUGUGAUAAUCUGCUGCGAAGAGAAGCUUGUCUGGCGGCCAGGGAAUUUGGACGUCAGCAGAUAUCACCCCAGGAGCAGUUGAAGAAAGCCACAGUCAUCCUAAACCCAGCAGCUUGUAGUGGGAAAGCCAACAACUUAUUUGAGAAGAAUGCUGCCCCUAUAUUACACCUGGCUGGUAUGGAUGUGACACUAGUAAAGACAGACUAUGAGGGCCAAGCGAAGAAAUUGAUGGAGCUGAUGGAGAAAACAGACAUGCUGAUUGUGGCUGGAGGGGAUGGCACUCUGCAGGAGGUUAUCACUGGCUUGCUGCGGAGGGCUGAUCAAGAGUCAUUCAGUAAAACCCCCAUAGGAUUUAUCCCACUGGGGUCCCACAAUUCCCUGAGUGAGAGUCUGCACAUCCUCAGUGACAAUCAGGUGAAACACAUCACAUCAGCGACAUUGUCCAUCCUGCAAGGAGAAACGGUACCUCUGGAUGUGCUGCAAAUCAAGGGAGAGAAAGAACAGCCAGUGUUUGCCCUGAUUGGUCUACGGUGGGGGGCCUUCAGAGAUGUGGCUUCCACCAUCAAAAAAUAUUGGUACCUUGGCCCGUUGAAGACAAAAGCAGCUCAUUGGUUCAGUACAUUACGGGAAUGGCCCCAGGUUCACGAGGCCUCUGUGUCCUACCUGGCCCCGACCCUUCGCCCUCCUGACCUGCCCGAACAAAUGCCCCAGCGCCCCAACCUAAUGUACCGCAUUGCCCGCAGACUGAAAAAUUACUGGUACCCACCUAUUCCAGAGCCUCCCAAAGUGGAGGAGCCAGAGAGAUGGGAUGAGAGGACGUUGUCUACUUUGGAGCUGUCAAUCCAUACUCAGAACAAAAACCCUGUCCAGACGCGUAUUGAUGACUCCCUGCUGGUGUGUGUGGAGCCAGACUCCUUCACCGUGGGAGAGUUCAUCACUGUUGGAGAGAAAAAAGCGCAGGACUCAACUGCAUUCACAAGACAAUCACUGAAGCUGGAGGCCAGUGCAUGUCGACUCAAUCUGCCCGAGGAAGGUGCUGGCUUCUACAACAUCGACAACGAGGAGUACGAGGCCAUGCCGGUGGAGGUGAGGCUGUUGCCACGGAAACUGCGCUUCUUCUGCAGCGCGGAACGCAGAGAGCAGCUCCUCACACAGGUCCAGUGAGGGAAGUGCUGCAGUGACAACAAUAUGCAGGACACAGAGAAAUAGGGAGGAGGGUCAAUGCAAGGGGCCAGUAGUGGCUGUAUUGGGACUCUACCUCUACUGUAUCUGGGAGUGUCUGCUUUUUUAUGUCUGGAGUAUGUCAUUAAACAGCCAUAACACACAGCUGGACCAAUGUCGACCAGUCUACAGUGAGGUCUCAUUGUUAAAGUACAUUGACAUGUUCAGUUGGAAUAUUUUCACAAUUAUGAAAGAUGACAAUAUGAUGCAGUAACAAGGACCAAGCAUUUUGUUGCUAUUUCCAAAGCCUUUAGCUCAUAGAAGUCUGCCUGGCAGGACUAUUGGUGUAACUGACUGGUUUACUACUGUAUAUUGUCAUGUGUAUUGUUAAAUAUGUGUAACAAGAAUAUAAUUCAAUAAUUCAGUUAUGAUGCCAACAGUUCUGUCACUUUUUAAUACCAAUGGGAAUAAACAGUCUUUAGAGAUGU